GGCCGCAGCGGGAACCUCCGGAUCUCCUUUCCUCAUCUUUAAGACGAACUCCCGUCAAAGUAAAACACCCAUCAACGAAGAACACCAGCAAGUGAAAAUGCAGAGCAAUCAUUUCCACGAGGCAUCCUAUGGACAUGACCAACUGCAGUCUGCAAGUUGCAAGGUGGUUCAUAAUCCGAUGACUGAUCAGGAACCAGAAAUGAGGUGCUUAAAUCCUAUAACUUUAGAACCGGUAAGCCCUCAGCAAAAGUCCAAUCCUCAACGCCCGUUACAAUACAUGCCUCUACAGGAACUUGCACAUGGAUCCGACCAACAACAUUCAACAAAUAAACAGGCUCCUCUUGCUGCUCUUCAAAGUAACUUUGGCUGUUACGGCGCUAGAACAGAGCUAGGUGAGAGAGCUACCGUCUCCCAAGCCAAUCCAUCAAAUCAGGAUGAAAUUGAAAUAUAUAAUGAUUUUAAAUAUCCGAAUUCUAAUGGUGAAGUCCGUAUUCAGCAGCCUGUAGCUCAACUCAAAGGUCUAGUAGACAAUAAUGAUAUCGUUUCUAAGGCCUUUGAAAGUAAUAGUAGCUCUAAUUUUCAAUUUCUUGAUUUUCAAACCUCUGCUCAGCAGAUUAAUGAUAAUGAUGUAGAACAGCCAUUACCAUCUAAAGAGGUUGGCAUGUUGGAAAGGAAGGAAGUACAUGAUUCGUAUGUUAUUUAUAAAGUGAUUGAUCUUCAAAACGCUGCCCAGGAGACUAAUGAUACUGAAAUAUGCAACGAAUCAGGCCAAGACUUUACAAGUGGUAUGGGUGACACAGACGCCCAGAUACACAUUCCUGAAGUUCCUGAAAUAGUUGGUACUAAUAUGGAAGAUAAUAUUUUAUGGGUUAAGCUUAAGAAACCUGGCGAAGGUCUUAAAGGAUUUUUACGUAAGAACUGGUCCGAAAUGUUACGUCACUUGCCAAAUCCUCGCCCAAAGAACAGAAAUCGUACAUAUGUCUGGCAGGAAAAGGAACCUGAGGAUCCAGAGAAAUUAAAGAAAUGGCUGAACGUUAUCAAGCAGAAGUAUUGGCGUGUUAUGCAGGUUCUGUUUUUGAAAGUCAAGAUCCCUACCACUGAAGCGGAAGGCAAAACAUGGCAGCAAAUGUUUAUAGCCAAUUGUGAACAAACCCAUUAACCAACAUUUGCCAGAACAAGCCUCAAUGAUCUUGGAAGUUGAUGGAUACUGAAACGACAGAACAGUUGAAGGCAUUACAACCUAGUUCAGUUACAGAUCUUUUUGAUGGAGUUUUCAUUCAACAAACAUAACACAGACAACAGAGUAAAUUUACUCGGUAAGACUGAGAAUGUAAUCUAGGGUGUUUCAAGUGAUUAGGCCGUAUUGUAGUG